GUGUGUGGAGCUGGGGGAGAGGCUGCAGCGCAGCGAGCCGCCAGACGGGCACAGUCCUCGCCGGCCGACCGCCCCGAGACAGCCGCCGCCGCGCUCCCGCCGCGCACAGAAAUAUCAGCAUGGAUAAAAAUGAGCUGGUGCAGAAGGCCAAACUGGCUGAGCAGGCUGAAAGAUACGAUGACAUGGCAAGUUGCAUGAAGUCUGUGACUGAGCAAGGAGCUGAGUUGUCCAACGAAGAGAGGAAUCUUCUCUCCGUUGCCUAUAAAAAUGUUGUAGGAGCCCGUAGGUCAUCUUGGAGAGUCGUCUCAAGUAUUGAACAAAAGACAGAAGGUGCUGAGAAAAAGCAGCAGAUGGCUCGAGAAUACAGAGAGAAAAUUGAGACUGAGCUAAGAGACAUCUGCAAUGAUGUGCUGUCUCUGUUGGAAAAGUUCUUGAUCCCCAACGCCUCGCAAGCAGAGAGCAAAGUGUUCUACUUGAAAAUGAAGGGAGACUACUACCGCUACCUGGCUGAGGUGGCUGCUGGCGACGACAAGAAAGGGAUAGUGGAGCAAUCACAACAAGCAUAUCAAGAAGCCUUUGAAAUCAGUAAAAAGGAGAUGCAGCCAACACACCCCAUCAGAUUAGGUCUGGCUCUGAACUUCUCGGUGUUCUACUACGAGAUCCUCAACUCCCCGGAGAAAGCCUGCUCCCUCGCCAAAACGGCUUUUGAUGAAGCAAUUGCUGAGCUUGAUACAUUAAGUGAAGAGUCCUACAAAGACAGCACGCUAAUAAUGCAGCUACUGCGAGACAACUUGACAUUGUGGACAUCGGACACCCAAGGAGACGAAGCCGAAGCAGGAGAGGGAGGGGAGAAUUAACCAGCCUUCCAACUCGGUCUGCCUCAUUCUGAAUUGACACAGUAGCCCAUCUGUCAUCCAUGCUGUCCCACCGAUAGUUUUUGUUUACCAUUUGACAGGUUUAUGUUACUUCUCUUUGGAUUUCUAUAUUUCCCACGUGGUUUUGUUUGGUAUUAGGGAAUAGAGCCAGUUACCGCUGGGGAGUCGAUCUGUUUUCAUCCGAGGUGGCCAUGCCGGGGGUGCCGCUUUUACACACCUUCUCCACGUUUGGCAUAGUGCUCUUGGUACACGGUGGCUUCCCACGGGGCCAGCAUUAGAGCAGCUUUCUGUGGCAGGCAAAGACAGCUGCCUGGGUGUUGUUCUGUCACAGGGAGAGGGAUUGUCAGCUGCAGCCACAGGUGUAGUUAGCACAGCCCAAGCUGGAGCAGGGGUGGCUGUGGCCCAGCUGAGGGUCCCGUGGGUGGUCGUGGCAAGCCAACGUGUGAAGUGUGUGGGGAUCCCAGCAGAGUGGACACCUCUGAUUACAGCUGAAGCGCUCCAUAAGGCAGCCUGAUAGCCCAGCCAGCUUUCCCUGAAGGAGGACAGAAACGGUUCACAUUCCAUUCUUUGUAAAGUUUCCUGCUGUUGCUUUCAUUCUUUUUGCUACACAUUUUAUUUGUAUUUAAAUGGUUUAAGCAACCUAAGAACAAAUGUCCAAGAUGCAGUAAACCCCAGCUGCUUGGUAUCCAUCAUGACACUGUAUAUCGAGCACAGCAGCAAGACAAAGUCCCAUGUAUUUAACUUUUUUUUAGGUUUUUGCUUUGGUGAUUAUUUUUUUUGAUACUUGCCUAACAUGCAUGUGCUGUAAAAAUAGUUAACAGGGAAAUAACUUGAGAUGAUGGCUAGCUUUGUUUAAUGUCCUAUGAGACUUCCAUGAACAACCCGAGCAUAACUGUUCAGAACAUGUGUAUUAAGUUGAUGUAAGUGGAAUAAAAGUUUUAUGAAUGGACUUUUCAACUA